AUGGCAGAUGAAGGUUUUGGCAGUGCGAGGUUGUUGCGGAUCGAGCAGCUGCGACACGCAAUUGCAAAUAUCAGCGACGGCUUUUUCCAGCUUCGCGUCGUGCUUAUUUUAGGUCUGGGUAAUGCCGCUGAUGCGGUCGAGAUCCUCUCCAUUGGGUACAUUCUGGCGGUGUACGAAGACAAGGAAGGCGUCGUGCUGACUCGGACGCAACAGAGUUUGCUGGCGGCUGCCAUCUUCGCUGGGAUGUUCACUGGAGGGCUUCUGUUCGGGUCACUUAGUGAUCAAAUUGGUCGGCGCAAAAGUUUGCUCUAUUCGCUGCUGUUGAACGGGAUCUUCGGACUCAUGUCGGCCUUGUCACCAAAUGUGUACGCUUUGAUCGCUUUUCGGACAUGUGCUGGCAUUGGAGGCACUGUACCAGCGAUAUUCACAUUGUGCUCGGAGCAUGUACCUGCUAAUCGUCGAGGCUACUACGUCACAAUAGUAGCUGCGUACUGGAUGGUGGUAUGUGAAGCAGCUUUCGCUUCGUUCGCAGCCAUCGUGUCGCUACCAAGCUUCGUAUGCUGGACACUUACGUACAAAUACGUCCCUGAAAGCGCACAAUUCUUCGCUCGUCGUCGGCUGCUCACCGACGCAGAAAAAGUUGUGGACACAAUAAAAACGACCAACGGAGACGACGCAGCUCACGCUACCGAGUCAAGCUCUCUGUUAACGCACCAAAACACUGGUGCUAGCGACAUGAACGUCUUUGCGCCAUUAGAUACCGGAAUUCAGACGCGGAGUAGCACGCUAAAUGCGUAUGGAAUGCUGUUUGAUCCGGUGCUGCGUGGCACGACAAUGUCGCUGUUGAUGUCGUGGUUUUGCUUGAGUUUCGGGUCGUACGGUCUCGCCACGUGGAUUACUAUGUUGUUCAAGCGAAUUGGCCUCGAGGAUCCGUUUGCAAACGCUUUCAUCUACGCCGCUGCGAAUCUUCCAGGCAAUGUCAUGACCGCAUUGCUAAUGGAUCGUCUCGGUGGGCGUCGGAUUCUCGCGAUUUCCAUGCUGCUUUCGGCUGGUUGCGCCACUGGGUUUGCUUACGCCAACUCCUCUGCGUCGGGUGCUGCAGCUAUUGUCCUGCUAGCCAGCGGCUUCAACACUUUCAGCACUGCAGGCUGGAACGCCAUCGAUCUCAUGUCUGCUGAAUCGUUCCCUACAGACGUGCGUACAACUGGUAUGGGUACACUCUCGGCUGCUGGGAGAGCAGGAUCUGUUGCCGCGCAGUUUGUCAACGGAUAUCUUAUCGGGCCACCGGUUCAUGUAAAGCUGCUGUUGGCUAUUACCGCUAGUAUGAUGCUUCUUGGUACGAUUAGCUCUGUACUGGUGCGUGAUUUCAGCAAUAAGGCGCUUCCUGACUCUGUGGAGGAAAUGCGGGCGAAGCACGAGAAAAUAAACUCAGUGUUGUGCUAG